GCGGCGACGACGAGCCCGACUGGGGAGGCUCAGAUGAAGAAGGCAGCUUGGACCUGAACGACGGUGCUGCUGAGCCCGAGGCUGAGGAGCCGGAGCCCGCCGAGGAGCUCGACGAGGAGCCCGAAGAGCCGCAGGGCGACGGCAAUGAAGAUGAUGGUGGCCCUGAACCAGGACCAGCGCCAGCAGCCUGCCCGGUUCUCCCGGCACAACGGGCUUGGCGAGACAGGGUGGGCCUGGCCAAACAGUGCGUUCAGCUGGCUCAUUGUCAACGUGGGUUGAAUGUGGAGGCGUGCCACAUGUCAUUGGCAGCAGCCUGGGGGGAAGAUGGCCCACCAGCUGUGCAAUUGGCGGAGGCGCGCAUCAGCUUUUGCAUUUGCUGUUUCAACGGCGCCAACGGCGGGCAAACCCGGAAUUGGAUUGAAGCCAACUUCCAGGAGGAGCUGGCCAGUGGAACACUGGUCGUCGGCUGGCUCAAUGACCUUAGCUCCUUCCAGAGGAGAUGGUCUUACGUCCUGGGCUUUCAAUUUCGAUCGUUCCCCAAGAAGGACAUCGACGUCUUCGAGCGUUUGAAGAGCGCAGGUGGCAAAGACAGCGCACUGCGCCUAACUUUUGCCGCUGGGUGGAGCAUUCCCAAUGACACCGACCGACGACGCGCCACCACCGCGGCUAAGACCGAGAACUGCGGGACCGGAGUUAAGUGGCACGUUCAGAACACUGCCAACAUGCAAGCUUCCAAGGAGAAAUUGGCACAGGGCCGGUGGUGGCGGAAUGUGACUCAAUGCCCCACGCCGCAGACGGCGCUGCCGGCCCUUGGCGACAUCACGGGUCUCAGAUCAGUGACGCUCAUGGCCGCAGGCAGGCCGCCGACAGCCACUGCCCCCAGCAGCAGUGGUCGUACCCCGCCGCAACCGCCAAAUCCUCCCGCCCAGGCAAUGCCAAUGCCAAAGCCAAUGCCCCGUGACUUGCCAGAGCAACCGGCACGGAGGCCACGGGCCGCAGCGCCGCCAUCUCUCCCGGCACCACCCCCUCGCGUGGCCAUCAACCUUGUCACCUGCGGCGUCGGCAACCUGGGGUGGACGUUAGAGUCAGCGUCUGGCGUGGACAUGCUGCCGUGGCAGCGUAGACAGGCAAAAGUGCUGCGCCAGCAGUGCAUGGACGACUCAACUGGCAGGAUGGUGGACGAAAACAUAAUUCUGAAACUUCUGACUGGUGGUCUUACCCCAGUCGCGCCAGCGGCCGAACACACAGUGAUCAUCGACUGUCGGGAUUUUCAUGACCCUGACAGUGACAAGUCGCUACGCAUGCACGUUGGCUUUCACCCUCAAAUCUUGCAAAGCACCAGCAAGUGCGCCAGGAUUUUACGGAGGCUGUUCAUCAAGGUCAGACAGGCGAUUGUCACUGCGCGCAGUGGCAGACCCAAUUCGGAGUUACCGUCGUCCUCGUCAGGCGGGCGCCGACCCACGCUCAAUGUGAUUUGUUAUUGCAGGAGUGGUAACCACCGGAGCGUUGCCUUUGCGCAGCUGCUAUUCUAUGCGUUGCAGGGCAGCCCCUUGGUCGAAUCCAUCGCGCGAUCCGAUGUCACAGAGAUGUCUGGCAACUGGAGAACGCGGCAGUGCGGGCCUUGUCAGAUUUGCCGCGGCUUCCCGGGCCAGCAGCAAGCCGCGGCAGACCAGGCCGCCCUUGAUCUUGCGAUCGCC